GAACUCGAGCUGGCACAGACGCACCGAGUAAAGAGGAAGCUUGGCGGACCGACACCGGGAUAACCGAGAGCUAUACCACCGGGCAUGGGGGGGGCGGAUUUGUACAGGAUGCAGUCCCGCUAGACUGUUAAUGGAAAAGAAGAAGAAGAAAUCAAACAUUAAAAAAGCGCGGUUCACGGCGCUCUGUUAUUGUGGAAACGCCAAUACAGAAAGCAGCGGCGUCAGCAGAUAAAGGCGUUGAGAGUUUUCUACCUGGGGCAGCGCAUUUCAGGAUUAUAACGCGGAGGUGAUAGCGUGUUUACCUGCUGAAUCACCCACAACCAGCGGCACUGAAAGAUACGCGAAUUGGUAUCAGCCCCGUGGUUUGAAGAGGCGCAGGCGGUGAUGGAGGCAUGGCGUGACGGGUUUAGUUCGACCGGCGACCGGCACGCUACAUCGCAGCUCGGUUUGAUGGAUGACCCCGGCAGUGCACAUAAAUAAAAUAUAUCUCGUUGUAUGUCAUAGUGUCUGCGUGAAUGAAUGGGACAGACAGACCCUGAGGAAUGAAUCGGUUCCACACCUGAAACUGAAAGGAUCCUGCUGAGCAGCGGGAAACCCCACCAGACGUGUUGCAUUGUGUUGGACAGGUGAAUGAAGGGACAGUGAAUUGCAUGGCAGUGCUACACACGCGGAGAUCUAUUUAAAAGGAAUGUUACCUUUAUCCGUGUGACGCACAGGGGGAAUUGUGUAUCCGAUUUAAAAAAAAAAAAGUUUUUUCACUCUCCCUCCAACUCGUGGUAGCGUUACUAACUUUGUGGGGGAACCGUGUGGUUGCAGUUUGUAGAAGGGGAAUGUAAAGCGACAGUUACCUUGGAUUACACAUUGAGUGCGGCUCCUGGGACUGGGGAUAUGGAUCAUGAGAAGCGGAUACCUGGAGCGGGGGCGCGCACAGACAAGACCGAGCUGGACGAGAAGGAUGGCGACAUUACCGGACCUGUCCCGGGCGCGACCGGACCGACUCGCCCCAGGCCCUCCUCAUACCGCGCCCUGCGCAGCGCCGUGUCCACGCUGGCCAGGAUAGACGACUUCUACUGCGAGAAAAUCGGGGCAGGAUUCUUCUCAGAUGUUUUUAAGGUGAGACACAGGAUUUCGGGGCAGGUGAUGGUCCUGAAGAUGAACAAGCUGAUGAGUAACCGUGCCAACAUGCUGCGUGAGGUGCAGCUCAUGAACCGACUUUCCCACCCCAACAUCCUGCGGUUCCUAGGAGUCUGUGUUCAUGAGGGGCAGCUCCAUGCACUUACUGAGUACAUCAAUGGAGGGAACCUGGAGCAGCCCCUGGCAGUGGUGGGCUCCCCCUACUGGAUGGCUCCAGAAGUGCUAAGAGGAGAGCUCUACAAUGAGAAGGCUGACCUCUUUGCCUACGGGAUCAUCCUGUGUGAGAUCAUCGCCCGGAUACAGGCGGACCCGGAUUUCCUGCCGCGCACUGAGGACUUUGGUCUGGAUACACAGGCUUUCCAGCACAUGGUGGGAGACUGCCCGGCUGCCUACCUCCAGCUCGCUGUGUCCUGCUGCAAUUCCUCUCCCCUUUUUCUCCCUUUCUCCUCACUCCCCUCUCCCCUUCUCUGUCUCUCCUCUCUUCAAUCUCUCUCUCGCCCUCCCCUCUCCCUCUCCCCUCUCAGAUGUCCCCCUGAGCAGAGGCCUUCGUUCUCAGAGAUCGCUCAGCAGCUGGAGAGGGUCCUGGAGGCCCAGGAGGAGGAGGAGGAGGAGGAGAGGAGUGAGACACAAAGAGCAAGGAGCCAAGGGAAGAGCUGGGAGCUGAGAGAUGGCACACAGGACCCCUGCAGUCCUGCUCGGAGACACUCGCUGUGUCUGCACCUCCCCCGAGACCAGCACCUGUUCCGCAGCCAGUCCGACAUGCUCCCUCCCAAAAUUCCACACUUCGAGGGGCUGGCUGGGGCGUCAGCCCGGGUCAACCCCUUCUCCCUGCGAGAGGACCUCAAAGGGGGCAAGAUCAAGCUGUUCGACACGCCCAGCAAGUCCGUUAUCUCCCUGACCUUUGCACUGCCGCAGCCCCCCGACUCCUACCCAGCGACCCCGUCCGUGACCCCCAACACACUGCUCGACCUCCGAUGCAGCAUUGCAGGGCCUGAAGCGGCCCGGAGAUGCAGGUCUCUACCGAACUCUCCCGAGCUGCCUCGCAAAGCCAGCUGGAAGCAGGAGGACUUCAAAGACCUGGGGAUCUCGAGGGAACGGGAUCUGGAAAUCGCUCGCUAUCUGGAAUUCACACAGGAGGGAGAUGUGGAAAUGGUACACAAUCUCGAAAUCGUAGACCUCGAGUUCGGAGACAAGCAGAUGGAACCAAUGGACUGCUCAAGCAGCCCAGACAUACAAGAGGGGUCCUUAUUCCUGGACGAACUGGUGCAGCCCUUCCUGAACAGCUGCCUGGUGACCCCUCCCUCUCCGCGCUCCAGCGGCUGGCAGUCUGGCGUCCCCAAUGACAACAACUACACUGUGGUGGUGAGCCGGCCUGUGGGCUGGGACCAAGGCUUCCACACAGACGGCUCCUUCUCAUUCAAUGCCUCCAGCUGUACCCUGGAGCAGGACGAUGUAAUUUCCUGUCCGGGCUGCUGCCUGGCAGGGCUGAGGUUCCCCUCCCUGUGUCUGAGACCUUCGCGCAGGAACCCUCCCCCCUACAAGAACCUGAACGUGGAGGCGCGAGGGCUGCUGUGCCGGGGGAAGCCCUUGAACACAGGGCAUGUAAGCAGGAAGACCGAGUCCAGUUUGACCAUCCCCGAGGCACAGACGUAGUCGUGGUGCAGAGCCCCGUCUGACCAUCCCCGAGGCACAGACAUGGUCGUGGUGCAGAGCCAGGUCUGACCAUCCCCGAGGCACAGACAUGGUCGUGGUGCAGAGCCAGGUCUGACCAUCCCUGAGGCACAGAGCCCGGUCUGACCAUCCCCGAGGCACAGACACAGUCGUGGUGCAGAGCCCGGUCUGACCAUCCCCGAGGCACAGACACGGUCGUGGUGCAGAGCCCGGUCUGACCAUCCCCGAGGCACAGACACGGUCGUGGUGCAGAGCCCGGUCUGACCAUCCCCGAGGCACAGACACGGUCGUGGUGCAGAGCCCGGUCUGACCAUCCCCGAGGCACAGACACGGUCGUGGUGCAAAGCCCGGUCUGACCAUCCCCGAGGCACAGACACAGUCGUGGUGCAGAGCCCGGUCUGACCAUCCCUGAGGCACAGAGCCCGGUCUGACCAUCCCCGAGGCACAGACAUGGUCGUGGUGCAGAGCCCGGUCUGACCAUCCCUGUGGCACAGAGCCCGGUCUGACCAUCCCCGAGGCACAGACACGGUCGUGGUGCAGAGCCCCGUCUGAACAUUCGCGAGGCACAGACAUGGUCGUGGUGCAGAACCAGAUCUGACCAUCCACGAGGCACAGACAGGGUCGUGUUGCAGAGCCCGGUCUGACCAUCCCCGAGGUACAGACACGGUCGUGGUGCAGAGCCCAGUCUGACCAUCCCCAAGGCACAGACAUGGUCGUGGUGCAAAGCCCAGUCUGACCAUCCCCGAGGCACAGACACGGUCGUGGUGCAGAGCCCGGUCUGACCAUCCCUGUGGCACAGAGCCCGGUCUGACCAUCCCCGAGGCACAGACAUGGUCGUGGUGCAGAGCCCGGUCUGACCAUCCCCGAGGCACAGAGCCAGGUCUGACCAUCCCCAAGGCACAGACAUGGUCGUGGUGCAGAGCUCGGUCUGACCAUUCCCGAGGCACAGACACGGUCGUGGUGCAAAGCCUGGUCUUGACCAUCCCCGAGGCACAGACACAGUCGUGGUGCAGAGCCCGGUCUGACCAUCCCUGAGGCACAGAGCCCGGUCUGACCAUCCCGAGGCACAGACAUGGUCGUGGUGCAGAGCCCGGUCUGACCAUCCCUGUGGCACAGAGCCCGGUCUGACCAUCCCCGAGGCACAGACACGGUCGUGGUGCAGAGCCCCGUCUGAACAUUCGCGAGGCACAGACAUGGUCGUGGUGCAGAACCAGAUCUGACCAUCCACGAGGCACAGACAGGGUCGUGUUGCAGAGCCCGGUCUGACCAUCUCCAAGGCACAGGCAUGGACACGGUGCAGAGCCUGGUCUGACCAUCCCCGAGGCACAGAGCCCGGUCUGACCAUCCCCGAGGCACAGAGCCCGGUCUGACCAUCCCCGAGGCACAGACAUGGUUGUGGUACAAAGACUGGGAAACACAAAGGCACUUUGUUAUUAAUGUUGAUAUAAUUAUUAUUAUUAUGAUUUAUAAUUAUUAUUGUUGUGUUGUGUGUUUUUUUUUUUGGAAGGUUUAUUAUUUGCUGGGUCAUUCUUCGUUUGUCUCCUGUUCUAGACUGACUCAUUUGCUCUAAGUGUUUUGUUUUUUUCAUGCAUUGGCUAACACAGUGUCAAUUUGAUAAGAAGUGGCUGCUUUGCACUGCUACUGUGGAAACGGCGCGUACCCCAGUACUGGACCACCCCAUGAUAAGAGGCUGAAACAGGUUACCAGGGAGUGCCUUCCAGACAACUGAGGCAUGUCACAGCCUGAGGAGCUGUGCUUUGUUUUGGGAUUGUUGAUGCCUCCACCUAGCAAUCUCACAGUAAUGUGCAGUUCUGUAUUGUUGAUGCCUCCACCAAGCAAUCUCACAGUAAUGUGCAGUUCUGUAUUGUUGAUGCCUCCACCUAGCAAUCUCACAGUAAUGUGCAGUUCUGUAUUGUUGAUGCCUCCACCUAGCAAUCUCACAGUAAUGUGCAGUUCUGUCCCAAUAAAAGAAAUGAAUACAUUGUGACAGAGCGGGGCCUCUGCCCACUGCCCUGCCGCAGCUGUAUUGCUGGCUUGUAUUGCUGGCAUGUACAGAAAACACAGCACUGCAGUCAGUGAGAGCAACAGUCUUCUGUAUGUACAGAAAACACAGCAUUGCAGUGAGAGCAACAGUCUGCUGUAUGUACAGACC